AUGUUAAUGCAGAUUCAACAUCAGAAUUUGUUGACGCCUCCGGCCCCUAUGAAGGGAGAUCCUAACAAGAGGGAUAAAAGUAAAUAUUGUGACUUUCAUAAGGACCAUGGCCAUGACACCUCAAGUUGCUUUCAAUUAAAAGGACAGAUUGAGGCACUUAUUCAACAAGGCCAGUUGCAGGAGUUUGUGGACAGAGUGAUAGCAAAGAGAAGAACUGCACUCCCGACAACAAUGGAAAAACAAGCAACGAUCGUACAGGAAAUGAGUACAACAGUUGGGAAUAAUUCUGCGCUGAAACUGGUGAUUCCAUGCGGGCUCGGAACCUAUAUGACAGAACAUGUCGUAAAAUUUGUGAAGAUGGAGAACAUCGCCAUAACGUUCACAGAAGAGGAGGCACGGAAGUUGCUUCAUCCACAUAACGAUGCCAUAGUUGUGUCUUUACAAGUGGCAAAUAGCUUAGUCCACCGGAUUUUGAUCGACAAUGAGAGUUCAGUGGAUAUACUAUUCAAGGAUGCUUUAAACAAAAUCAACCUAGGUGGAGCAAAGUUAACACCCGUGAACACCUCACUCUAA